AUGAUCAUUCCAGCUGUUAUUGAAAGCCAAUCACUGCCUGGAUUCAUAACCAGUGAAAGCCGUUUCAUUGCCAAAUUCAUCACAGGUCCUACAACACCUGCAUUCAGUAUGGAUGAUCUACUUAAUUUUUUGAAUAAAGUGUGGAAAUCAAUGAAAUCUUAUUACGUUGAAUUGACUGUUGUUCAACAAGUGGUUACCGAGUUGUUAAAACUUAUCGGUGUAACGUCAUUCAAUGAUUUGUUAAUGAGAAGAAGUUUCUGUUCGUGGAAGCGAGCCAUGCAAAUUCAGUACAAUAUUACUAGAAUAGAGGAGUGGUGCAAGAGUCACGAAAUGCCUGAAGGCACACUUCAAUUGGAACAUCUUAUGCAAGCUACUAAACUUCUUCAACUCAAAAAAGCAACACCAAGCGAUAUUGAAAUUAUUUAUGAUGCAACACCAAGCGAUAUUGAAAUUAUUUAUGAUGUAUGUUGGAUGUUAACUCCAACACAAAUUCAAAAACUUAUAAAUCAUUAUUUUAAUCCAAUCAGCCCUGAAAUUUUGAAAGCGGUAGCAAGCCGUGUAGUUCCUAAUGAUAAAAAUGAUAUAUUAUUAUUAGACACAACACCACUAGAAGAUUCUGGACCAUUUGAAGUUCCAACUCCACGUGAAACUCAAUUACCUGAUAAUUACUUACCAGCUUGGUUAAAUUUACCACAUUUAAAACGUAUUGGGGUUUUAUCAGCUGGUAAACGGCAAAAUUUUGAAAGAUACAGUUAA